UAGGACAUCAAUGCAAGCCUGAAUUAAAAAAAGAAUUUCUCCCUCCUAAGCCAUGGCAUAUCAGUUGUAUAGAAAUACCACAUUGGGAAACAGUCUUCAGGAGAGCCUCGAUGAGCUUAUACAGUCUCAACAGAUUACCCCCCAACUUGCCCUUCAAGUUCUACUUCAGUUUGAUAAGGCUAUAAAUGCAGCAUUGGCACAGAGGGUCAGGAACCGAGUCAACUUCAGGGGCUCUCUAAAUACAUACAGAUUCUGCGAUAACGUGUGGACUUUUGUAUUGAAUGAUGUUGAAUUCAGAGAGGUGACAGAACUUAUUAAAGUGGAUAAAGUGAAAAUUGUAGCCUGUGAUGGUAAAAAUACUGGCUCCAGUACUACAGAAUGAAUAGAAAAAAGAAAUGGCUUUUUUAAUGCCAUCCUGUUAAUGUUCAUCGCUUUUUGAAGAGAAGCAUAGAAGAGACUUUUUUUUUAAUUUAUUCUAGCAUUGCAGAAAUGACUACUCUGAGCUAUAGAGAAUUCCAAUAGAAAGAAGCUCAUAACUCUGUACCCUCUUUAGUAUACAGCAUGAAAAAACAGAACUUUUUUUUUAUGACAAAUCAAACAUUGUUGCCUUCCUAGGACCAUUCCUUAAUAAAUUCAUUUUAAAACUCAA